AGUUCUCACGGAACCAUAGAGGCCAGCUGUCGUUUCCCUCGGACGUCUUUUUCUGUCGGACCUCGCCGCUUUGUUUACUUUUCUGCUCCAGUAGUUAAACAGAGAACACUGGUCAGGAUCAUUUUAACAGUUUAAUUUGUGUUUUUUGCUCGUCGAGACAUUUAGUGACUUUAUUCAGUGUUGAUGUCCGCAGAGCAGCGCCGCCUCCCCGCCGCCUCCUCUCCGGCUGCUCCCGGAGCGGAGCAGCGGUUCGCGGCUGCGGACCCUCCGAGCAGCCCGCAGCAGGCGGAGAUGGACACGCUGAGGAUGUUUGUUACCGAGCGGCUGACGGCGGCUGUGGACGACAUCCUGGGGCUGUUCGGGAGCACCGUGGCCCGGUACCGGGAGCAGAUAGACCGGCAGCGGCGGCAGCUGGACACCCUGAGGUCCGAGGAGGAGAACCAGGACCGGAGAGCAGACGUCCUGCAGGCCUCCUGGAUCAAACCCUGCCCUGAGGAGCAGAUCCUGAGCUUCCAGCCGGACCAGACUGACAUUAAAACAGAGGAAGGUGUCUGUGACGCCGCCGGCGGCUCCGACGCAGCGGCAGGCGGCUCCGACACUGAAGACAGCGCGGACUACUGGACAGAAGCUGCAGGACUGUGGAGACCUGAGGACACGGCAGCAGCAGCGGGGGGACAGAGCUCAUCUCCCGGCAGGAAGCUGUCUCCAGAGCGUCCGCCUGUGUUCGGCUGUAAAGUCUGCGGCGAGUCCUUCCAGAGGCGGAGUUAUCUACUGAGUCACGCCGCCGCGCACGUCAGAGACUGCAGCGUGUGCGGGAAACAGCUGGAGGCCGCGGAGAGCCUGAAGCUUCACCUCCGAGCUCACAGAGAGACGUCGUUCCGCUGCAGCGUCUGCGGACAGACCUUCACCCUGCGGGGGAACCUGCGGACGCACAUGAGGAUCCACUCCGGCGAGCGUCCGUUCGGCUGCACCGUCUGCGGAAAGAGUUUCGGCAGGAGGGCGACGCUGGUGCGGCACGUCCGCAGCCACACGGGCGAGAAGCCGUUCACCUGCUCGUACUGCGGCCGCGGCUUCGUGGAGAAAGGCAACCUGACGGUGCACCUGCGGACGCACACCGGAGAGAGACCGUACUGCUGCUCCACGUGCGACAGACGCUUCAGUCAGCUGUCCUGCUUCUACAAACAUCCGUGUCAGAGAGGACGCACGAGCGCAGCCCGCAGCAGCAGCAGCAGCUGACUCUUCAUCAUCAGAUGGAUGUUCUGAUAUUUAUACUGUGUAACAGUAAAUGAAUAGUUGUUAUUGAUCAGUUCAUUUGAUCCAGAGUUGAUAAACAGGAAGUUGAUCAGCUUUGUCUCACUGUGUUCUGCGUCUUCUUCUUCUGCUGCUUCUGUCUCUUCAUGUUGAUCCCAGACUGACUCCAUGAUGAUGAAGAUAGUUUAUGACUCUGGCUGCAGAUGAUGAUGAUGAUGAUGAUGAUGAUGCAUGAUGGAGAAGAAUUAGGACUGAAUGAUUUAGAAAAAAUUUCUAGUUGCAAUUAUUUUGACUGAUCAGAUGAUUAUAUUAGAGGGAAAAACCAUAUUAAAAUGAUGAUGAUGAUGAUGUUUCUUCAUCUCAGCUUGUUGGAUGAAUUGUUCCAGUUAAUAAAAAUCUAAAGUGCCUGAAA